GAGCAGUGCUGAGGCAUCACCAUACCCCCUGCGUUGUGUGCGGCCGUUUUUUUUUUGGUGGACGGGUCUGCACGAUUCCGCCGCGGCACUUUGUUGGGGAGGGAACCCUUCUAGUAUGAGAACUUCCAUUCCAGCUCCUUUGAUUUCUUUCAUUCUCAUAUUUGAUUAUUUUCUUCAUUUUGACCAUCCGACCUCAUUGUUUCGCCCUCCUCAUUUCCCCGCUGCUGUCACCCACAGUUCGUGUCUGAGCGCCAGCUGAAAGGGGAUCUCUCUCUCUCUCUCUCUCUCUCUCUCUCCUCUCUCUCUGUCCAUUCCUCCACCAGACAUCACUGUCCUCUUCUCCGCUGCCGCUGCUGCUGCUCGGGAUUUCGGCGUGCAUUGCUGGACUAUAAUAACGCAGAGGGAUUUAUAUUUGUAUUGAUUUCCAUCUGCCGCCCGGCCCACAGCGGACAUCCAGCACUUUUUUCUUCUUCUUCUUCUUCUUCUUCUCUCUGAGGGAUGUAUUACAGCUCUGAACAGGGGAGACUAUAAAAUCACUGUCCGCUGAGUGAACUAUACUGCCGAGCGUGCGCCUUUUGGUUUUUUGGAGCAGGUCUCUCAUCGGGAGAUGCUCUGGUAGGCUACGGUGUGAUCGGGGGUUUGUGGUCCGUGCGCAUCCCCACUGGAUCGGGAUAUAAGGUGAAGAAAUUGCCGCGGUCAGCGGUUUUUCUGGAGCGCUUUCUUUUUUGUGUGUGUUGUGGACAUUUUUGGUUAUUUUUUUUUGUUGCUGUGAGAAGGAUUGUGCACCCACCCGGAGGCGCGCAGGCUAACCAUGGGGGACUCGAUGUGGAGAUAUUAUUUUGGAGUUCUGUUUAUUGCCUUCAAAGUGGACAUGUGCCGGGCGCUCAUCCUGGAGUCCAUCUACUGGAACACAACAAAUACCAAAUUCGUGCCGGGCCAAGGCGUGGUACUGUACCCCCAGAUUGGGGAUAAGUUGGACAUUGUGUGCCCACGCGUGGACGGCGGCGGGAGCGAUGGCGUGGAGUAUUAUAAGGUGUACAUGGUGCCGAGGGAGCAGCUGGAGAGCUGCACCAUCACCAAGGCCGACACGCCGCUGCUCAACUGCGUCAAGCCCGACCAGGACGUCAAGUUCACCCUCAAGUUCCAGGAGUUCAGCCCCAAUCUGUGGGGCCUGGAGUUCUUCAGGGGGAGAGACUACUACAUCAUCUCUACAUCCAACAGCACCAUGGAGGGCAUCGACAACCAGGAGGGGGGAGUGUGCAAGACCAAGUCCAUGAAGAUAAUCAUGAAAGUGGGACAAAAUCCCUCUGAUCCUAUUUCACCCAAAGACAACCCCACCAGAGUACCCUACCCUCCCAAGCAUUCAGAUGGCAAGGAGACCUACAACCCUAACGAAGUGCUGGAGAAACCAGGUGUGGCGCCCAGAGAAAGCGGCGACACUGACACCGGCGGGAAGUCCUCCAGCGCCAUCGGCUCCGAGGUGGCCAUCUUCGUCGGCAUCGCUUCGGGCAGCGUCAUCUUCAUCAUCAUCAUCAUCAUGCUGGUCCUGCUGCUGCUCAAGUACCGGCGGCGGCACCGCAAGCACUCGCCGCAGCAUGCCGCCACGCUCUCCCUGAGCACCCUCGCCACACCCAAACGGAGCGGCGGCGGCGGGAACAAUAACGGCUCGGAGCCCAGUGACAUCAUCAUCCCGCUCAGGACUGCUGACAGCGUCUUCUGCCCGCACUACGAGAAGGUCAGCGGCGACUACGGCCACCCGGUCUACAUAGUUCAGGAGAUGCCCCCGCAGAGCCCGGCCAACAUCUAUUACAAGGUCUGAGCUGGAACUUUGAAAAAGCACGAGACUGAACUGGAACAAUCCCGGGCAGAGUGGGUUUUUAGUUUCGGCUGGCGCCGCCAGCACGCCCGCAAUCACUCUCGCUCUUUCUCUCUCCGUCUCUGUGUGUCGACUCCUCCUCCUCCUCCUCGUCUCUGAUGUUUUGUCACUGCUUUUUUUCUUUAUCAAAGUUUUGCUGAUACCUUGUUGCUGUGGUUUGGUUCCAGUCGGUGCGUACGGGACGGGUGAAAUGCUAGCGCUGCCUCUCGUGCUGCUGCUGCUCUCUGGGGCUCUUGGGAAAUAGAGAGGACCAGCUCUUCUUUCCCCAACGCUGCUCCCUUGUUUUGUUUUGUGCACCGCAGCAG